AUGACUUUUCUCGUGGGAAAGCCUCUCACCUACGCCAUCACGGCCACUGCCGGUAGUGGCUUUCUACUCUUUGGAUAUGACCAAGGUGUUAUGUCCGGUCUGUUGAGCGGUGAUGCUUUUGUCAAGACCUUCCCUGAGAUCGAUACCACUACGGGCGGGCAUGGCAGCUCGUCGUUACAGGGCACGGUUGUUGCCAUCUACGAGAUUGGCUGCUUCCUCGGUGCCCUGGUCUCCCUGUUUGCAGGUGAACGCUUGGGUCGUCGCAUGUGCAUCAUGCUGGGCUGCAUCAUCCUCAGCAUCGGUGCUGCCCUGCAGGCCAGUGCUUACUCAAUUCCUCAUAUGAUUGUCGGUCGGGUUGUGGCGGGCAUUGGAAACGGUCUCAACACUAGUACUAUUCCUGUAUGGCAUUCGGAACUGAGCAAGGCUGCGAGUCGAGGAAAGGGGCUUGCUAUCGAACUUUGCAUCAAUAUCUUCGGUGUCAUGACUGCCUACUGGGUUGACUACGGUAUGAGCUACGUGCUCAACGAAUCACAGUUUCGAUUCCCAAUUGGCCUACAAAUCCUCUUUGCCAUUAUCACAUUUAUCGGCGUGCUAAUGCUGCCCGAGUCACCUCGCUGGCUCGUUGCCCACGGCCGACCCGACGAAGCCCGCCGCGUCCUCUGGGCCAUUCAGCCCAACGCCCGAGAGAUCGAGGAGACCGACCCCGUUGUCAACCUUGACGUUGCAGAGAUUGCACAGGCCGUGGCCGAGGAGAACAGUGCCACCGAGAAGGGUUCUUUCAAGAUGGUGUUCAAGAACGGACCUCAGCGGUUCUUCCACCGCACGCUCUUGGGCAUGGGUGGCCAGAUGAUGCAGCAGCUGUCGGGUGUCAAUUUGAUUACCUACUAUAAUACCGUCAUCUUCGAAAAGUCGGUCGGAAUGAGUCACAACACCGCGCUCUUGCUGGCCGGCUUCAACGGCGUGGCGUAUUUCCUGUCGACUUUGGUUCCGAUCUGGACGAUCGAUCGACUUGGACGUCGUAAGCUAAUGCUCUUCGCCGCUGCCGGACAAUGUGCCUGCAUGGCCAUCUUGGCUGGUACCGUCUGGGACGGUAGCCACGCGUCCGGCUUGGUGGCGACCGUCAUGCUUUUCCUGUUUAACUUCUUCUUUGGAGUUGGUCUGCUGGCUAUCCCGUGGUUGUUACCCGCGGAAUACGCGCCCCUGGCUAUUCGAACCCGCGCAGCUGCCCUGGCCACGGCAACCAACUGGAUCUUCACCUUCUUGGUCGUGGAAAUCACUCCCGUCAGUAUCGACAACAUUGGCUACCAGACGUAUAUUUACUUUGCGGUAUUCAAUUUCUGCUUCCUCCCGCUCAUCUACUUCUUCUACCCCGAGCCCCGCAACCUCACGCUGGAGCAAGUGGACCGGCUGUUCACGGGCGAAAAGGUGCUGCUGCACUGGCAUCCGUCGAUGGGAGCCGCGGGGGAUCCGAACCAUCGCGUGGGCGAGAAAGAGGCGGAGUCGGUGGGGGUGCAGCAUGUCGAGUGA